CAGACACCAGACCCACGCAAAUCACUCCACCACGCUUUCCCCAUUCCCUCGCCGUGGCCGUCCGCCGCCGCACUUCCGCCGUCUCCGCGGGCGGCGCCGCCAUGCUCCGGCUCAGGUGCUGCCUCCUCACCCAGCUCCUCUGGCCUCCCAGCUCCGCAUCUCCCACCUCCCACCUCAGCCGCCUCAUAUCCGCCGCCGCGCCCGCCGUCUUCCCGAACCCUAGCUUCGCCGUGGAGGAGUACCUCGUCGCCACCUGCGGCCUCACCCCAGUGCAGGCCUUCAAGGCCUCCGCCAAGCUCUCCCACCUCAAGUCCCCUUCCAAGCCCGACGCCGUGCUCGCCUUCCUCGCCGACCUCGGCCUCUCUGGCGCCGACGUCGCCGCCCUCGUCGCCAAGGACCCGCAGUUCCUCUGCGCCAAAGUGGACAAGACCCUGGCCCCCGUCGUCCUCGGGCUCACCGGCCUCGGCCUAUCGCGUUCUCAGAUCGCGCGCCUCGUCUCGCUCAGUCGCGGCCACUUCCGCAGUAGAUCCAUCGUCUCCAACCUGCAUUACUGCCUGCGCCUCUUCGGCUCCUCCGAGGACCUCUUCCGGGUGCUCAAGUGUGGCGCUGGCCUUCUCUCGGCUGACAUCGAGCGGGUGGUCAAGCCCAAUGCUACGUUCCUUCGGGAGUGCGGGCUAAGUGAUUGCGACAUUGUCAAGCUGUGCAUCCUUCAGCCAUGGCUGCUCCACUCCAGCAUGGAGCGCAUCCGGGCAAUGGUGGCACACGCUGAAGGUAUUGGUGUGCCUCGUGGCUGUAAGAUGUUCAGACAUGCGUUGCAUGCUGUUGCACGCUUCAGCAAGGAGAAGAUAGCCACCAAAGUGGAGCACUUGAAGAAGACAUUUAUGUGGUCAGAUGCUGAGGUCGGCGUUGUUGUCUCCAAGUUUCCAUCUGUGCUGAUGAGGUCUAACCAGAUGCUGGAGAGCAAGUCAGAGUUCCUCAUCUCUGAGGUCGGGCUGGAACCAACAUACAUUGCUCAUCGUCCAGCAAUGCUUAGUUACAGCCUAGAGGGCUGACUCAGGCCCCGGCACUACGCCGUAAAGUUUCUCAAGGAAAACGGAUUGCUGGAUCGCGGCCGGGACUACUAUUCUGCAGUCAUGGUGAUGGAGAAAGCAUUUGUGGAGAAGUACAUAUGCCCUCACAAGGAAGUUGCACCAUACCUUGCUGAAGACUAUGAUGCCGCUUGCAGAGGGGAAGUGCCGACUAGAUUCAAAUUUACAUAAACCAAGAGCGGGCUAUGAGAAUUGGUAACUGUGUAUGACGCGACAGAGUUUACGCUCUGUGCAGUGAGCUAGUAAUUUCUGUUUCGGUGUUAUUUGCCUAAUUGGAUGUUUGUUGUCUGCUCUAGUAUGUCUGGUACAUGUCAAUUUAGUGUCGCUAAUUCCAUAUGAAACUGAUAAUUUCAUUAUGACUUCUUUGUAUGUCUAUCACACCAUUCCAGUAGAGAAGGAAGCAUCGCACUACGGUGAACAUGUCCAUCCUCGUAUCAUAUUGACACACGUAAUGGAACUAAGAGUGGGAGAUUAGGGCAUUU